GCUCUAUAAGUCGUCAGUAGCCAGGAUAAAAUCCAACCACCGAUUUCAGCCUCAGCUGCAGCAGCAGCAGCAGCAGCAGCCGUUUUGGGAUUUCCGUCUUUCACUUACGGUUUUUUUUCAAAUCGAAGCUUCUUACGUGAGGAAACACAUCGAAACGAUCGUAACUUGGAAUUAGGUUUUCUGGAGGAAUGCAGCAACGGUCGAGCCGGUUUCUUGAGCGAUCUAGCACGAUGUCGAGGGAGAAACGGAGUUUGGAUCCCAAUGAUGCUGAAGAUCGGCAGCAGGAACCGAAGAAGCAAAAGGUUCCAGCGCUCGCAAGUGUAAUUGUGGAAGCUCUCAAGGUGGAUAGUCUGCAGAAGCUUUGCUCAUCACUAGAGCCUAUUCUCCGUAGAGUUGUUAGUGAAGAAGUAGAGCGUGCCUUAGCAAAAUUAGGUCCUGCCAGGCUUAGUGGAAGGUCUUCCCCAAAACGAAUAGAAGGUCCUGAUGGAAGAAACUUACAAUUGCAUUUCCAGUCAAGACUGUCUCUUCCCCUCUUUACUGGAGGCAAAGUAGAAGGGGAACAGGGUGCUUCCAUUCAUGUGGUUUUGGUUGAUACAAACACGGGCCAUGCCGUGACAUCAGGGCCAGAGUCAUCUGCGAAACUAGAUGUUGUUGUGCUUGAAGGUGACUUCAACAAUGAAGAUGAUGAUGAUUGGACCCAGGAAGAUUUUGAAAGUCACGUGGUGAAAGAGCGUGAAGGAAAGAGACCACUGCUGACUGGGGACUUGCAGGUAUCUUUGAAGGAAGGUGUGGGGACCCUUGGAGAUCUCGUGUUUACGGACAAUUCAAGCUGGAUUCGAAGCAGAAAAUUUAGGCUCGGUCUAAAAGUUGCUUCAGGCUUCUGUGAGGGGAUUCGUGUCCGUGAGGCGAAGACAGAUGCUUUCACCGUUAAAGAUCACAGAGGAGAAUUAUACAAGAAACACUAUCCACCAGCACUGAAUGAUGAUGUAUGGAGAUUGGAAAAGAUUGGCAAGGAUGGGUCUUUCCACAAAAGGUUGAAUAAGGCCGGAAUUUACACGGUUGAAGAUUUUCUUCGGCUCAUUGUCAGGGAUCCUCAAAGAUUGCGUGGUGUUCUUGGAAGUGGCAUGUCAAAUAAGAUGUGGGAGGUCCUUGUAGAGCACGCGAAGACUUGUGUCCUUGGUGGGAAGCUUUAUGUUUACUAUGCCGAUGACACGAGGAAUGUUGGUGUCGUUUUUAACAAUAUAUAUGAGUUGAGUGGUCUUAUCGCAAGUGACCAGUAUUAUUCAGCUGAGACUCUGUCCGACAGUCAGAAGGUGUUUGUGGACACAUUGGUGAAGAAGGCAUAUGAUAAUUGGAUGCAAGUUGUAGAAUAUGAUGGCAAGGCGCUUUUGAAUUUUAAGGAGAACAAAAGUUCGAGUGCUUCUCGAACUGAAGUUCCUACUGGCCCAGCACAUUAUUCUGCCUCAUUUGAUCAGCAAGUGUCUCUUCCACGCCUACCUGUCUCGGUUUCUCCCGAACCAGCUUCAUUUGAAUCAGGGCUGGCUGUUGCAGGAGUUAUGGGGUAUAAUGAGAACGCGGCAAGCAGAUAUGCAACUCAUUCUCAGCAUUCCAGUGCCGAAAUCCAGUUUGCAGACAAUUCAUUCCCUCACCAGAACCAGCUAAUCAGCUCCCAGCAAACCCAAAUCACACAGAGCGACAUGGUUGGGCUAGCGUUGGGCCCCCCGCAAUCAUCCAACUUGGGAUUCCAGUCUGAGGGGCCCUCUGUCCAGCCAUCGAAUUUAAAUUCGUUCGGCGACUGGCCCCGCCACCGUGACAGUAGGGGGGUUGAUGAGUUCUUUUCUGAGGAAGAUAUCCGCAUGAGGAGCCACGAGAUGCUUGAGAAUGAAGACAUGCAGCACCUGCUCCGCAUCUUUAGCAUGGGCGGCAAUUCUGUCAAUGUAUCCGAUGACAGUUAUCCAUACUCAUCAUACAUGCCACUGCCGUCACCAUCACCAUUACCAAGCUACAGCUUCGACGAGGAUGGCAGCCGGCCGUCAGGGAAAGGUGUCGUAGGUUGGCUCAAGAUCAAGGCACUCCUUAGAUGGGGUAUCUUCAUCAGGAAGCAAGCAGCUGAGAAGCGAGCUCAGCUCGUUGAGUUGGAUGAUUAGCAGGUGACAGAAGCUGAUGCUAUGGUAUCUGUCUCAAGCCUUCUUAUGGACCUGGCAUCACAGUCUCUCUGUAUCAUUGGUGGGUCCCAUCUCUACGCAAUUCAAACAAAGAAACAAAGUCUUGGAGCUUUCAACUCAAAUCAUGGGGGUCUGGUUUAUAUGGAAGCUUUUCAGUGGCUUCAGCUUCCUACUGUUGUUGGGUUUUCGUGAUUGAGUUGGAUUCUUCAGCUAAAAGCUAUAAGUCGCUGCAAGGGAUCUGCAUGUACAAUUCUCUCCUGUACAGUAAGGUUCUUAUUAACCCUUGUGUUUUAUCAAUUCAGAUGAUACUUCUGUUUAGAUGGUUGUUUGCAUUUUAUGGACAAUAGGGGCUUGUUUUAUUAAAUGCCCAGCGCCCACAAUUUAAGUGAGCCAUCUUAAGGGAUGGUGCUGGGAAGACAAGGUUUUGGUA